AUGACAUUAGGAACCAGACUUGGAGAACCAGAUAAAGUCAGAAACCUCUCUGUUAGUGAGAUCACCACUUCCUCUAUAUCCCUGAACUGGACCGAACCAUUAGGAAACAGUUCCUUCUAUAGAGUACAAUGGACAAAUGGAUCAUCUACUCUAAAUAAAAGUGUGAUUGAUAAGACCACGACUAUAUCUAACCUAACUGCUGGUGAAAGUUAUGACAUAAAGGUCACAGCUGUGGCAGCAGAUGAUCAAACCGAGGGAGAGAGUGUUUCUACUGUCAAAUAUACAAAACCAGAUAAAGUCAGAAACCUCUCUGUUACUGAGAUCACCACUUCCUCUAUAUCUCUGAACUGGACCGAACCAUUAGGAAACAGUUCCUUUUAUAGAGUACAAUGGACAAAUGGAUCAUCUACUCUAAAUAAAAGUGUGUUUGAUAAGACCACGACUAUAUCUAACCUAACUGCUGGUGAAAGUUAUGACAUAACGGUCACAGCUGUGGCAGCAGAUGAUCAAACCGAGGGAGAGAGUGUUUCUACUGUCAAAUAUACAAAACCAGAUAAAGUCAGAAACCUCUCUGUUACUGAGAUCACCACUUCCUCUAUAUCUCUGAACUGGACCGAACCAUUAGGAAACAGUUCCUUCUAUAGAGUACAAUGGACAAAUGGAUCAUCUACUCUAAAUAAAAGUGUGUUUGAUAAGACCACGACUAUAUCUAACCUAACUGCUGGUGAAAGUUAUGACAUAAAGGUCACAGCUGUGGCAGCAGAUGAUCAAACCGAGGGAGAGAAUGUUUCUACUGUCAAAUAUACAAAACCAGAUAAAGUCAGAAACCUCUCUGUUACUGAGAUCACCACUUCCUCUAUAUCUCUGAACUGGACCGAACCAUUAGGAAACAGUUCCUUCUAUAGAGUACAAUGGAAAAAUGGAUCAUCUACUCUAAAUAAAAGUGUGUUUGAUAAGACCACGACUAUAUCUAACCUAACUGCUGGUGAAAGUUAUGACAUAACGGUCACAGCUGUGGCAGCAGAUAAUCAAACCGAGGGAGAGAGUGUUUCUACUGUCAAAUAUACAAGUAAGUUAACAUGGAAACCACUUUAACCUUCCUGAGAGAUGUCUGCUACAAAAUACCCCAAAUUAGUCUUUAACCUAUGUAGAAAACUGUCGAAAUUUGUCCUCUACUUGAACCCAAUGAGCUAUUAUUGCAAUUUAACUGCCAAAAUACUUCAAAUACAUGCCUAGUUUUAAAAAAACUUGCAAAACAAAAUGCUAAUUUUAUCUGCUAAAAAUGGUUACAUUGUCAUGAAAAUGACAUGAAUGGUCUUUACACCUAUGAAACCUAAAAGAAAUGUGUGAAAGGUCAAGGAAACUAUGGGAAUUGGCUUUUCAUACUUGUUUUGGAGGAAUAUGAUUUUAUUUACAGUAUACACAGCAUAUUGAGAUGGAUAGAUGGAUUGAUUAAUGGACGGACAGUUGGAUAGGUUGAUUGAUAGUUGGAUAUAUUUGGAUAAAGGGAAGGUAGUUGUUCUACCGGCUAGUGUUUAAAGGUAAAACUAUGGUAGGAAUAAUUCCAGCUAGUUUUUUCUUCAUCUGCUUUGACUCGUUUGUGUAAAACAAUGGCUUAUGAUUGGCAAUUGGUCUAAACCAGGGGUGGGCAA